AUUAAAAAGCCCUUCUCCUUGCUCCUCAGCACACACAUUCACUUGCAUCCUCUAGCUAAAUCAUCUCUGUAGUCUCUCUCUCGCUCUCUCUCUAUUAUUGUUUAUUCUCUUUGAUCUUCAGGAAUAUGGCUCAGGGAAGAGGCAGUGCAAUGGUGGCCAUGGUGUUCCUGUGGUUGUUGCUGCUCCAUUUUGAGAUGGGUAGUGCAGCAACUUACACUGUUGGAGGUUCUAGUGGUUGGACCUUCAAUGUUUCUGGCUGGCCUAAAGGAAAACGCUUUAGAGCUGGUGAUAUAAUUGUGUUCAACUAUAGUCCUUCAGCACACAAUGUGGUGGCAGUGGACAGGGUUGGAUACAAUUCAUGCAAAGCUUCAAAAGGUGCAAAAGUUUAUACAUCAGGGAAGGAUAGGAUCAAGCUUGUGAAGGGGCAAAACUUCUUCCUCUGCAGCUUUGUUGGGCAUUGUCAGGCUGGAAUGAAAAUAGCCAUAACUGCCGUGUGAUUUAGCUGGAUAAUUAAUUAAGAUUUAGAUAUGGGAUUUUUAAUGUGUACUGUUAGGUUUUGGUGUUAAAAAUGUUACUGAUCUAAGUGUCUGUGCGUUGGUGUGACUUGCUUUUGUGGGUGGGUUGGUGGCUAGCUAUUUGCAUAGGCUAGGCUGCCCAAUAAAAUAUGCAAUAAUUAUUAUGAAAUAAAAAGGGGGAAAAAGAAAAGUUUGGGAAUA